CGGCUCCGAAAAGCGGAUGCAAACCGUCAAGGAGAUCACAUGAAAACGCCGCGCCCCCCCGUGUCUCCAAAAUCUGAAACCUUUCUGGUGGCCGGCCAACGUUGUACUUGCAUAGCCAGAGGGCAAAGUUUCUAGCAGAUAUUCCUCCUCCCAGGCCAUAGCAUCCAGCAGCUAGCAGCCGGAGAGAGAGAGAGAUGGCAGGCGGCGAGGCAUGGCGGCCGCUGCUCGCCGGCGCGUGGCUCCUGUGGCUUCUUCUCCCGUGGGCCUCGGCCGUCCGCCGGAGCGACUUCCCGGAGUCGUUCCUCUUCGGCACCGCCACUUCCUCGUACCAGAUCGAAGGUGCGUACCUCGAGGGCAGCAAGAGUUUAAGCAAUUGGGAUGUGCUUACUCAUCUACCAGGGAGAAUCAAAGAUGGAAGCACCGGGGACAUCGCAGAUGAUCACUACCAUCGUUUCGAGGACGACGUUGAGCUGAUGCACUCUCUCGGCACAAACGCCUACAGGUUCUCUAUAUCAUGGGCCAGAAUCCUUCCAAAAGGGAGAUUCGGCAAAGUGAACCCAGAAGGCAUCGAGUUCUACAACGAACUCAUCGACUCACUCCUGCUCAAAGGAAUAGAGCCGUUCGUCACGCUGACCCACUACGACAUCCCGCAAGAGCUGGAGGACAGGUACGGGGCGUGGCUCAGCGCCGAGAUCCGGCGCGACUUCGGCCACCUCGCCGACGUGUGCUUCGCGGCGUUCGGCGACCGCGUCAAGUACUGGGCCACCUUCAACGAGCCCAAUGUGGCCGUGCGCAAGGGCUACAUGCUCGGCACCUACCCGCCCGAGCGCUGCUCGCCGCCGUACGGCUCCUGCGCCCGCGGCGACUCCGGCGCCGAGCCCUACGUCGCCACGCACAACGUCGUCCUGGCCCACGCCACCGCCGUAGAGAUUUACAAGAGGAAGUACCAGAGCAAGCAGAAGGGCUUGAUCGGCAUCGUCAUGUCCACCACCUGGUACGAGCCGCUGACGGACGCACCAGAGGACCGGCUGGCGACUGAGCGGGCGCUGGCCUUCGACGUUCCAUGGUUUCUUGAUCCAAUAGUCUACGGCGACUAUCCUCCGGAGAUGCGGCAGCUCCUGGGCUCCCGGCUGCCGACCUUCUCGCCGGAGGAGAGAAGGAAGCUGGGUUACAAGCUGGACUUCAUCGGCGUCAACCACUACACCACCCUGUACGCCAAGGACUGCAUGUUUUCACCAGGCUGCCCGUUGGGGCAGGAGACCCGGCACGCGCUGGCGGCCGUCACCGGAGAGAGGAACGGGCGCCCCAUCGGACCUCCAACAGCGAUGCCGACGUUCUACGUUGUCCCCGAGGGGAUAGAGAAGAUUGUCACCUACAUCAUGACGAGAUACAACAACCUGCCCAUGUUCAUAACCGAAAAUGGUUACGCGCAGGGUGGAGAUGGUUAUGCCAAUGUCGAUGACUGGCUUGACGACCAGGGCAGGAUACAGUACCUGGACGGUUACCUCACAAAACUCGCCAAAGUUAUCAGGGACGGAGCUGAUGUCCGUGGCUACUUCGUCUGGUCUCUCAUCGACAAUUUUGAGUGGUUGUAUGGGUACACUCUACGGUUUGGACUUCACUACGUGGACUACCAAACGCAGGAAAGGAAGCCCAAGUCGUCAGCGCUGUGGUACAAAAGAUUCCUCCAAAGUCUGCACGAAGCUCAAUAGAGGAUUAUGCCUUGUUUCUAAAUCUUGAAAAGUUCGAGACCCAACAUUGUGCUUGCUCUUCACCAAUAAUUUAUGAAACCGAAGAGCUUGAUCCUGUAUAUACUGAUUAAUCAUGAAUAAAGCGUCCCAACUUUCCUAGCC